CGUCGCCAACGACAUUCUUCUCGAUUCGUCAUCCAUCCUCUGCCUCGUUUCCCGAUCGAUCAUGGCAGCAAUCAAGCUCUAUGGAGUCCCUCUCUCGACGGCGACCAUGCGCGCACUCGCUGCUCUCUACGAGAAAGGCCUCGAGUUUGAGUUGGUCCCCGUCGAUACGAGCUCCGGCGCUCACAAGCAAGAGCCCCACAUCUCCCGCAACCCUUUUGGUCAAGUUCCGGCUUUUGACGACGGUGAUGUGAAGCUUUUCGAAUCAAGGGCUAUCACACAGUACAUAGCCGAGGAAUACAACGACAAAGGCAACCAGCUGUUCUGUCCUGGCAACAAGGUUGUGAAGGCUGCCACAAGGCAGUGGAUGGAAGUGGAGGGUCAGCAGUUUGAACCGGUGGCCAUGAAGCUGACCUUCGAACGAUUCUACAAGCCCAUGUUCGGGAUGAGCACGGACCCUGCAGCUGCGGAAGAGCUUGAAGGGAAGCUGGGGAAAGUCCUAGACGUUUACGAGAAGCGGCUAGGUGAGUCCGAGUACUUGGCCUGUAAUUGCUUCACACUGGCUGACCUCCACCACCUACCUGCGGUUCAUUGCCUGAUGGCCACGGAUUCCAAGAAGGUCUUCCAGGCUCGCCCCAAGGUCAGUGAAUGGGUCGCCAAGAUCACCGCCAGGGAGGCCUGGGCCAAGGUUCUCGCCCUGCAGAAGCCGCACUGAGAGAGAGAGAUGUAUCCUUGUUUGUGACGAGUGUUGUUCUGUUUCCCUUUUCCAGAAGUUAUAUGACUUUUGUCGUCUUUAGGUGUCCGUACCAAGUUAGACCGGUGGAAUCGCAAUCGCAAUCGCGGCGAUUGCGGGUGUUUACAAUGCGUUCGUUGAUGAUUUUAGGUAAUUGGUACUAACUGAUAAAAAAACUACCGUGGAUAGCGAUGGUGAGUGAUUGCGAUUUAUAACGUCUGAUUGGGAGCGA